AUUCGCUUCGCAUUUUCGCAACAAUAAUUACACAGGGAGAGUGUAAUUUUGACAUUUUUCUGCUGGCAAAUUCUUAGUGACAUUUAUCACUGAACAUGACUAAAAAUAUGGCAGGGACCCGAUUAUAGUAAAGACGUAAUUCGCCUAAAACGUUUAGUAGGAAUAUUAAUGUCAAAUGAGUGAUAGGGUAAGAUUUUGAAAAUAUUAAUGCAAAGAAAGGAAGAGAAUUUUUCUAUUGGAAACAUGCGUGGAACGGAAUCACAUUCUAGUGCAACUACAACAGAGAUUCCCCAACAAAUAAAUUUCAGUCCUCAAUACCAGCAGCAGAUGCAAAGUGUCCCACAUUUAAUGCCAACGCCCUCACCAACUCCAUGGAAUCUUAAUACUAUGCCUUGGAAAUUAGCAAGUACUGAUAUAGGGCAAGACGAUAUAAUGCAAUUCAGUGCUCAUGUCAACGAUGUUGCUCAAGGCCGAGCAGCUCUUCAUCAGAAACGGAAGUCAAGUAUUGAGAAUUCAUUGCCACUUAAGCAGUUCAUUUCUGAAGAAAAAAUUACUGCACAUUUCAAUGGAUUACACAUAUCAAGUGAUUAUAUACAAAACAGUUCCAAUAGUACCAACAGUCCUAUGUCUGGCAAUGAUGCCCCAAGUACCAGCACGGGUAAAUGCUUUACUAAUCUCACCUAUCAUGACUACCAGAUAACCGCCAAAGAAUUAGAAGAAAAAUUGCGCAAUGCAAACAAAAUUACCGUGUGCGAACAAUUAAGAAGACUUCAAGAACAAGAACAUAAAGCUAGUUUUUUGCCAGAAGCACUUUUCAGUAGGAUAGAAAAACCUUGCACCGCAUUGGUACUUUGGCAACCCCCUCCAGUGUUAGAUUUGUUGCAUCGAAAAAGCGAAAAUGAAUUAACACCAACUAAUAGUGAUAGCACAAGUGCAGGCAGUUUUGGCACUGUUGAUUUUCCGGAUGCUGAUACAAUAGGAGACGACGAUACGUUUUCGGAUCGGGAAGAUAUAGACGACUUCGUAGACAAUAACAACACUUGUCGUUUAGAUUUCAAUAAUAUGAGAGCAGAUCAUAUGGAUGAGGAUUUUUAGUUCAAUAUAAAACUUUAAUUUUUCAUGCUCGUCUGCUAAAUACUGGUAAAAUAUGUAAAGUAAUACUAACGGCUACGAAAUUAUUUUACAUUGUUUUUGAGUCGUAACAAAAUACAAAAUGCUUUGCCACGUUCGAACUGAAAUAGGUAUAAGCAAGAUAUAAUAAUUAAUAAAAUAGUUUUUAUUAACAUGCAUGAGUAGUAUGAAUGAGCAAUUGUAUGGAAGGAUACUUUUUACUAUUAUUAAAUGUAACGCAUUUCGUAAAGUAUAUCAACUUUAUUUUGUUAUAAACCGGUAACAAAGUUCUUAAGGAUAUAUUCAUUAUUAUGUAGAAAUAUAUUAAUUCAUUACUAAGCAU